CGUUUCUCCGACUGAGUAAGCGAGGUUGAGCGUUGGAGUUUCGUAAAAUUGUGAAAAUAUCCCGAAUUUACCUUUAAGUUGUUACUGUCCGAUUAUGAGGAAUCUAAUCUUGCAUGUGCACGAUUUAUGAUAAUCUCAGUUAGUGAUUAUUAAAAAGGGAAUACAGGAACUUAACGUCAUGUCUCUCGUGUAUGCGGUUUGCGCAUUAGUUCUAUUGACGCCGAUUACAGCAUUUUAUUUACCCGGCUUGGCUCCAGUAAAUUAUUGUAAAGCUGGAGAAGACAAUGGGAAAUCAUGCAAGGUACGUUAAAUGGCAAAAUAACACAAAUUCUAAACAUAACUUGCCUACCCACCAUGUUUUACGAUGGUUGUGAAAAACUAUUAUUUGAUAAGAACAUCUAUUUCGUGCUAAUGUGCUCAUUAUUUUUCUAUUAGCUGCCAGAUUAUGACUAUUUUCUAACCGAUGUAGCAUAAUGUUAGACAACAACAAAUUCAAAUUUCGCCUCUUCCCAAAAAAAAACUUCUUUAUUUUGAAUAAAUAAUCAUCAGCAUAUGAAAUCACAAUUUUUUGUCAGAGUAAAAUUUUCAAUUCUUGAUUGCUUCUAGAAAUCAUUUUAUAAUGAGAUACCACUUUAUGUAAACAGACUUAACACAGAGGAAUCAGUCAUACCAUUUGAAUAUCACCAUUUUGAUUUCUGUCUCUCGGAUGAGACACAAUCACCAGUUGAAAAUCUUGGACAAGUUGUAUUUGGUGAACGAAUCCGACCCAGUCGGUACAAGCUAGAAUUCCUCAAAAAUGUAGAAUGCAAUGUUGUUUGUAAAAAAGAUUACAAAGCAUCAAAUGCAGAAGAUGUGAAGAAGUUGAAUUUAUUGAAAAUGGGAAUGGCACUUUAUUAUCAACAUCACUGGAUCCUGGAUAACAUGCCAGUGACAUGGUGCUACUUGGUAAAUGAAGGUGGGAAGACAUACUGCAGUACUGGCUUCCCAAUGGGAUGUCAAGUGCGAAGAGAUAUGGAUACAUGUACACCUAUAGUUAAUGUUUCACCUGACCAAGUUGGUUCUUACUACCUGUUCAACCAUGUGGACUUGGAGAUCACAUACCACAGCGGCGGCGAGGAAGAAUGGGGUGUGGGCUUUGGAGACAAUGGCGGCCGCAUCAUUUCAGCCAAGAUCAAACCUGCCAGUAUUGCCCAUAAACUCAACAAACCUGACUGCAGUGCCCGACAUGAUCCACUUAAAAUACCAAUAUCUUUCAGUGGAGAAGACACCUUAAGCAUAUACUACACAUACAGUGUCACUUUUAUUAAAAACAACACUAUCAAAUGGUCAUCCCGCUGGGACUAUAUCUUGGAAUCAAUGCCACAGACUAACAUUCAGUGGUUCUCAAUAUUGAACUCCUUGGUGAUUGUUUUGUUCCUCAGUGGCAUGGUAGCAAUGAUUCUCUUGAGAACACUGCAUAAAGAUAUUGCAAGGUACAAUCAGAUGGAGUGCGGUGAAGAUGCUCAGGAAGAAUUUGGCUGGAAAUUGGUACAUGGAGAUGUGUUCAGGCCUCCGCGUCGCGGCAUGUUGCUCGCUGUAUUCCUCGGAUCAGGAUCACAGGUAUUCGGCAUGACUCUGGUGACGCUCGCGUUCGCGUGCCUUGGUUUCCUGUCGCCUGCUAACCGCGGCGCCCUUAUGACUUGCGCGCUGGUAGCGUGGGUUUUACUUGGCGCCGCAGCUGGAUACGUUAGCGCCAGAAUCUACAAGAGCUUCGGUGGACGACGGUGGAAGAGUAACAUACUACUGACUUCAAUGGUGUGCCCCGGUGUGGUGUUCUCCCUGUUCUUCGUGAUGAACCUGGUGUUGUGGGGCAAGGGUUCCUCGGCCGCAGUGCCGUUCUCUACGUUGGUGGCAUUGUUGGCGCUCUGGUUCGGAGUCUCUGUACCAUUGACUUUCAUCGGCGCGUACUUCGGCUUUAGGAAGAGGAUUCUCGACCACCCCGUGCGAACGAACCAGAUACCGCGCCAGAUACCCGAACAGUCGUUGUACACGCAGCCGAUUCCGGGAAUAGUGAUGGGUGGAGUACUGCCCUUCGGAUGCAUCUUCAUACAGUUGUUCUUCAUACUCAACUCGCUGUGGUCCAGCCAGAUGUACUACAUGUUUGGUUUCCUGUUCCUCGUGUUUGUGAUCCUGGUGAUCACUUGCUCGGAGACGACUAUUCUGCUCUGCUACUUCCAUCUAUGUGCCGAAGAUUAUCAUUGGUGGUGGCGAGCUUUCCUAAGCGCUGGAUCAACAGCCGGAUACUUAUUUAUCUACUGCUGCCACUACUUCGUCACCAAACUCAACAUAGAAGACGCUGCUUCAACCUUCCUCUACUUCGGAUACACCCUCAUAAUGGUGUUCCUAUUCUUCCUUCUCACCGGAACCAUCGGAUUCAUGGCCUGCUUCUGGUUCGUCAGGAAGAUCUACAGUGUCGUCAAAGUGGAUUAGUGAUUAGUGCAGUGUCAAUGCAGUGGUGUGUUAAGUUUUGCUUGAUCAUUUCGUUGUGAUUCGCGGCAUGAUCGAAUGGAACUUUGUCGGUGUGGUGUACGGCCCACGGAGACGGGUGAGACAGAGAAGUGAGUUUUUAAUUGUAUCAUAAUUAAUUAUUUAUAUCCAAAAAUGAUUUGUUAGUCACUAUUUUCAGUUCUAUCGACGUUUGCUUUUCGUAUUCUCUUCAUUAUUUCGUUUUUAUUAGUCGUUAGUUGUAAAUAAGUUUUUAAGGAUGAUUGGGCAUCAGUUAGGGUGUUAAAGAUGAUUGGUAUACCAUUGAUAUAACCUGGAAUGUUAAUGACAAUCUUCAACAAUAGUACUUAAAACGUCUAAUGUGAAAUCUCUUGUCAAAUUUGAAUACUAUGAGUGUUUCUAUGUAUUUGUAUAAAUAAAUGGCCCUAUGUUUUAGAUAUGUGGAUAAAUGUAUUCUGCUAUCAAAGCAUGGUAUUCUCUUUAACUCUGAAGAAAAAGACUCAAGGUAUGCCUAUUGAUAAAGUUUCAUAUUAACAGCACCUGUAUCAAGUAGCAAUAAGAGUCAUUUUCAUUACUGCAAUUGUGUAAACUGUCUUGUGAACUCAACUGUAGACCAAACAAAAACAUUGAACUCUGUACAUGAUACCCAAUAAAUACUAAACACAAAAUUGAUACGACAUUGUACAUUUUAACAGCAAAUUAGCACUAAUCAAUCUUUCUAGCAAUCAUGACUUCAAACGGA